AUGUCAGGAUAUAAUAUAGUUUUGGCCUUUUUCGGUGUCGGUAUUCUCUGUGCGGUAGCCUAUGUAUUGACUCCUAAGGGAAAUGACCAAACUGUCAUUCGAACCGUCAUCAUUAUGUCGUUUAUAUGCUGCUAUAUUAUGUGGGCUAUUGCCUAUCUUGCACAGUUACACCCUUUGAUUUUCCCCAGAAAAGUUGGACUUCGACCACCUCACGAAGUUGAAUUGAAUGUUUUGUAA